AUGGAGAUCACAGUGGGUGUCACCCCUGAGAAUGCCACCAACGUAUCCUCCAGUUUCCUUUCUGAGCUCGACUCCUAUGGAGUCCAAGCUGCUUCCUUCCCCUUCAACUUCAGCUAUGGUGACUACGAUAUGCCUAUGGAUGAAGAUGAAGAUGUCACCAAUUCUCGAACUUUCUUUGCUGCCAAGAUCGUCAUUGGCAUGGCCCUAGUGGGCAUCAUGCUGGUCUGUGGUAUCGGCAACUUCAUCUUCAUUGCUGCCCUGGCUCGCUACAAGAAGCUUCGCAACCUUACCAACCUGCUCAUUGCCAACCUGGCCAUCUCUGACUUCCUGGUGGCCAUUGUCUGCUGCCCCUUCGAGAUGGACUAUUAUGUGGUGCGCCAGCUCUCCUGGGAGCAUGGCCAUGUCCUGUGUGCCUCUGUCAAUUACUUGCGCACCGUGUCUCUCUAUGUCUCCACCAAUGCCCUGCUGGCCAUCGCCAUCGACAGGUACCUGGCCAUUGUCCACCCGCUGAGACCACGGAUGAAAUGCCAGACAGCCACAGGCCUGAUUGCCUUGGUGUGGACGGUAUCCAUUCUUAUAGCCAUUCCAUCCGCCUACUUCACCACUGAGACCGUCCUCAUCAUUGUCAAGAGCCAAGAGAAGAUCUUCUGCGGACAGAUCUGGCCAGUGGACCAGCAGCUCUAUUAUAAGUCCUACUUCCUCUUCAUCUUUGGCAUUGAGUUUGUGGGUCCCGUGCUCACCAUGACCCUGUGCUAUGCCAGGAUCUCCCGGGAACUCUGGUUCAAGACUGUGCCGGGCUUCCAGACCGAGCAGAUCCGUAAGCGCCUGCGCUGCCGCCGGAAGACGGUCCUGGUGCUCAUGUGCAUCCUCACGGCCUACGUGCUGUGCUGGGCGCCCUUCUAUGGCUUCACCAUCGUGCGUGAUUUCUUCCCCACCGUGUUCGUGAAGGAGAAGCACUAUCUCACUGCCUUCUACGUGGUCGAGUGCAUCGCCAUGAGCAACAGCAUGAUCAACACCCUGUGCUUCGUGACCGUCAAGAACAACACCAUCAAAUAUUUCAAGAAGAUCAUGCUGCUCCACUGGAAGGCAUCUCACAAUGGCAGCAAGUCCAGCGUUGACCUUGAUCUCAAAACCACAGGGGUUCCCGCCACCGAAGAGGUGGACUGUAUCAGACUGAAAUAA